AUGCGAGGCCAGGAGAGAAUAUGGAAGGCGGCGCCGCUGCCACAGUCCUUCCACGCUUCCCUCGAGUCUGGCAACUGGCUGCGUGCUCUUCAAAUUUAUCAGCGCCACCCAUACCACACCCCACCCGCAGACACGUUUGACCUCUUAAAGGCCGUCAUGCAUUACACCGGCGUCGGCGUCGAGGAUGUGAAGGCACGCUUUAAUGAGAAACUGCGCCUUUCCGCCAGCUUACAGCGCCGCAAGUCUGAGGAGGUGGAGUGGUCUCUGUUUUGGGAAGCGCUUAACAAGGGCGACGGUAAGAUGAUCAGCGAUGCUCUAUCAGGGGCCAGCGUGAGUGGUACCACCCAGCAGAUCGGCAUGGCGGAGGCGUGUGCGGUGCUGCUGAAGGGGGCGGGGAAGGAGUGGCACACGCGCCUUGUGGACGACUUGCCUUUCUCCACUGUCAGCCGAUGUAGUCUCCUUCAUGCCGCCCUCGCAGAGAAGCGGCCCGACGUGGCAGCGGAGAUGCUCAGCCACGCACGUGUUACCCGUUCUGACCUGAACAGUCUGUGGCCGCUCAUAGCUCAAUGCACCUGGGAGGAGGUGCUGAGGAUGAUCUCGCUUUGUCCAAAGAACGCUGUGCCCUACAACAAAGCGCUUCCUUUCAUCCUAAAGGACGGCUGCAGCUUGCAGACACUCUCCGAACAUCUCGAGCACGCCCGGGUCUUGGGGGACGCCGACGUCGUCUCCCCGUUGCUGGCGUACGCGGUGGAGAUGGGGGACUGGUCUUACGUCGAACGCUGCGUGGGGCAUCUGGUUGACAUUGGCAAGAUCGCCUCUUCAGCCCGUGAUGCCUUUGGCCACUUGUGCAAACUGCAUGGACCGAAGCGCGUAUGUCAGCGUCUGCUCGAACAUCACGUUGAGCUCUCCGACAUGACCAUCGAAGACCUCGAGUCCCUCCGGUUUUGA